ACUCUCAUCUCUUAUGUCAUGUCCCUCCCACAAAACCUUAACCUAUACAACGAGAUCCUCCUUACCAAUGACCAAGUAUCCAGCGGCGGCCCGGAUCCCUUUAAAGUUGGGUUGGAACAGUCCUACUCUGAUCUCAUCAACGCGAAAAUUGGCCCCAUGAAAGCCGCAAUUGCCAAGAACUUUCAGGAAGGUUGGAAGGAACUACUCAAAUUAGAUCAAUACAGCACUCGAGCUUAUAUGGGAUUAGUGGACCCCAAAUACCCUCAGAACACUUUCGACUCUGCUUCCAAUCUGUACGACUGUGCAUUAGCUGAGACGGUCAUGGACUCUAUGGAUUUCGACUGGCCAGAAGGCGUAGAAGACUCGGAGAAAUGGUUUUAUGGUUCCUCUGUCAUUGCUUCCCGCAUGGCACAAGGCCUUCAAAUUCGACUUGGUCAGAGAGUGACAGCCAUCUCACCCAAGCUAAACGGAACUACAUGGGAAGCGGUGAAUGUAACUAUCUCAGGACAGGGCACAAGGACCUACGACCAUGUCAUCACUACCCUCCCCUUCGGCUGCCUUCGUACCGUCGACACUUCCCAAUGCAAAUUUGACUGGGAACUCCAACAAGCAAUGCGCACCCUUCACUACGAUGAUUCAGUCAAAGUGGCGAUUCAGUUCAAGUCUCGUUGGUGGGAGGUGGAGAAGAAUCAAAUGGGUGGUGUCUCCUCCACUGACCGCCCUACUCGUAUUAUCGUAUACCCAUCUUAUGGUAUAGGCGGCAACACGGGUGCUUCGAUGAUCGUCAGCUAUACGUGGGCACAAGACGCAAUGCGACUAGGCUCAUAUCGCCAAGGCAGACAAUCGGUACCUGAGAAGCAGCUCAUCGAACUGAUUCUCAAGGAUCUGUCGGAUAUGCACGGGUAUCCCGAUUCUAGCCAUUUGCAAAGCUUGAUAGUAGACUGGCACCUUCAACAUGAGGGUCGCGUGGAUCUCAUUCGAGAGUUGAUAUUAAAAUGGGGAUUAGAUGAUGAGUUCGAUAUGGAUUUGCUGCACAAACAAGUUGCUCUGGGACAGCACCAAGCCAUCCGUUCACGUCGAGAGGUUACCAAAUAA